AGAUCUAGUCCAAAUCGUUUAUUUUUUCUGAUCAGGGAUCAUAAUCUGGUUUUACCCCAAGUAUCAGUCUGUGCACAUUGGACAUGGAAAGAAGGCCAGACUCACUUGUGGGCGGACAUUUUUGUGUGUCCAGUUUCAAUGAGACGCAUCAGUAUCUUGCCUAGUGCUAUGGCGAGAUUGUAACUUGUGUUUUUAUUCAAUAGUGUUUCCAUCCAGGGUGGGGUAUUCUGGAUGCAGUUAUUCCUUGAGUCUACAGUAGGCUGUGAAAAUCUUAAAGAAUACUAAGGAAUUGAAGAUAUUGGAUCAUGGCCUUUCAUGUACCUAUUGGAUGAAAAUACGAUAUAUAUAAUUUGAAAUGGAAUAUGCUUCUAGUAUGAUUGAAACUACUCUGAAUGCUAGUGCAUCUAUUAGUUUCAUCAGUAUAUAUUAGCUAGCUGUGUUGAUUUUUAUGUGACAACAGUUUGCAUUGUAUCAUCGAUGACUGUACUUGGAUGAAAUAUUUCAUGAAUGGCUUGAUUGUGUGUUUAUAAUGAUUAAUGUUGAUUUUUUGGAUGUCAUAAGUGUAAGUGAUCAUUAUGUCAGUCUGAGGGAGUUUAUUUUAUCAUAUUUUGUGCAGUAUUUAAUUUUUUCAUGUUCGAGUUUUGUACUCAACAAGUUCAUUUUGGAUGAUCUUAUGUAUUCGCUUCAAGGUUAGGCUAUUCUUAUCAGAAGAAUCCCCUUCGCAGGUUGGAUUAAAUUCUCAAGAUCACCUCCAAGCUAAGGCAUCAUUGCAGCUGUCUGCAGGUGGACCAGGCUCCGAUGACAUUCUGCCUCCUGGAUUUGAGGGAACUCAUACUUCAAGUCAGUUUGAGAUUAAGCCAUCUCAAAUACCAGUUAUCAAGUGGAUUACUCCUCCAAAGAUCGUGCUAAAUCUCACAUGGCAAGUAGUGUGUGGGGAAGAAAGCAAAGAGGUAGAGGAUCAACGUCAGAGGGAGAUGAGAGUACUUGAAGCUAUUUAUCCUCGCGCAUCAUCCAUUCCUCCAAACCCUUCUGUUUCAGUGGAUGUUGAAGAUUCAAAUUACAUGGAUGUUCAACCUGCACUGAUACCAAUAACGGCAGUUGAAGAUGACGAUGCAGCAGCAGAUACAUUAUCAGAUUCCCUGGAACCAGUUGAUACUUCACAAUGUCUUGAAUUACCUCCCGGUAUGUUGAAGAAUUCAAACUCUGCCACAAGUACGCAAUUUUCUCGUGGUCUGACAUCUGAUGUAUCUGCUGCAUCUGUUGCUUUAACUAACAUUGUGAGGAGCAACGAACAUGGGAAAUUGAUUGACCAUGAAUUACUUAAUAAUAUUCUCAGCAAUCCAGAAGUGAUUGAGAAAUUGGUUAGAGAUUAUGGAGCUACUAAUAACUCUCAAUAUGUACAUAAUGUGGGGUCGUCCUGUGCGGUUUUUUCAAAUCCUCCUAUUCCUGUUAAUCAAGGAGAAACCGCCACACCUUCAGCGAUUGCUUUUUCAGCCACUUCUUCCUAUACACCAUCUACCGGAGGUCAGGUGGCACCUGUUUCUACCCAAUGGCAUCCUAGGCCUGCAAACAGUUCAGCUAUUGUUUCUUCUCCUGUUGAGGUUCCUGCUGCGAAAGAUGUUAACUACUAUAAGAGUUUAAUUCAGCAACAUGGAGGAGAUAAACAAGAAACACUACCAUAUUCCAGUAAACGUCAGAUUCAUCAGCCAGUAACAAGUUAUGAGCCAACAUACAAUCAAAGAGCUAAAGUGUCAAAACCAAAGAUAAUGAAGCCUUGUAUCUUUUUCAACAGUUCUAGAGGAUGUCGGAAUGGAGCCAACUGUGCCUACCAGCAUGACGCGUCAUUUCAGCCACGAGGUAAUACCGUGGCGGGGAUACAAAGUUCAAAGAGGAUGAAAAUGGAUCAUGAGAUUAGCAGUUAAAUGAACUCUGUUGAUUGGUGGUGUUGAUUGCCGUUUAAUGUGAUGGUGACGGCUGAAUGCAGGUUCAUAUGCUUUUUGAUGUGAUCAAAUUAGCUUUUAAUUUGAUGAGCAAUUGUGAGCCUUGUUUCCAACUAGUUUCAAAUGCUACAUGUAUAAUUUUUUAAUGAAAGGCUCUUCUUUUUCUUCCCUUGUUUUGAGAAUUUGCCAAAUUUACUACUUUUCUUGGUCAAUCUUUCGAUGAUUGUAUUUUAAGAUGAAGACUGAUUGCAGGCACCACCAGCUGGAUGAUGUCUUUUUCCUU